CUUUAAACAAACUUUUGUACAGAGUUACUGCCUCCAUCCCUCUCUCUCACAGACAAAGCUUAAUCGGCCGUUCACUUCAUCACCUGAAGCCAAGGUUCAGUCAGACGCCAUCAUGUCCAGCAAACGUGCCAAAGGAAAGUCCACAAAGAAGAGGCCACAGAGGGCCACGUCCAAUGUGUUUGCUAUGUUCGACCAGUCGCAGAUCCAGGAGUUCAAGGAGGCCUUCAAUAUGAUUGACCAGAACAGGGACGGAUUCAUUGACAAGGAGGAUCUACAUGACAUGUUAGCCUCCUUGGGUAAAAACCCGUCUGAUGACUACCUAGAGGGCAUGAUGAGUGAAGCUCCAGGUCCCAUCAACUUCACCAUGUUCCUCACCAUGUUCGGGGAACGUCUGAAUGGAACAGACCCUGAGGAUGUGAUCAGGAAUGCCUUCGCCUGCUUUGAUGAGGAAGGAUCUGGUGUGAUUCACGAAGAUCACCUGAGAGAGCUGUUGACCACUAUGGGGGAUCGUUUCACCGAUGAGGAAGUGGAUGAGCUAUUCCGAGAGGCUCCCAUUGACAAGAAAGGCAAUUUCAACUACGCCGAAUUCACUCGCAUCCUUAAACAUGGAGCUAAGGACAAGGAUGACAUGUAAAACCUGAGAGACUCUUAACCUGGCAGCAGAGUGCAUUUUACUUACAGCAAUAAUGUGUCCAUAAAGGGAGAACAAAAACAAACUAUGCAUUAUUGUAAAGUAAAAAGCACACAACACAAUUGUGUUACACUAUAACCACAAAAAUAAUUACUUUUAAUUAUAGUCUACUUGCACUUGUGUAGAUUCAGUUGUGAGAACGCUAUACCUCUUUCCCCCCCUCCACAUGCCCAUGCGCCUUAAAGAAUUAUCAUGCACAGAGCUCUUUUUAUUCUGCAGACGUUCAAAUAGUUUGUUGGUUACUGUGAAGUUCAGCUAAUAUGAAGUCAACAAAAGAUUGUUGUGCAACAUCGUUUCAUAGUUCAGAGGGAAAUCAUUGGAAUAUGGUCAGAUUAAACAGAGAAAACACUGGCUUUUUUUUUUUUAAAGAAGGAAUUGUGGCAUUAUCUUUCAGGGAAAAUUGUAGCUCUUUCGGGUGACCAAAAGCUUAAAAAAAAAAAAAAGCCUGCACAGUUCCCUCACUUUCUGCACCCAACAUCUGUCCAGGGUUUAUGCCUUCUUUACUGAACCCAAAUUUUAUUAAACGCAUCAAGCGUGUUUAAGCAUUUCCCUUAAACGGACACCAAGAUGCCCAAAAAUAAGAUGGUUAUGUAACAUAUCUGAAAGAGUCUCCAGUGUCAGCACUUUAAACAGUCGGAAGCAAGGCGAUGCCUUUAAGUUUAACAAGGGGAUUUUUUUUUUUUGUCUUGACGUCAAGAGAGUUAAAAGGAGUGCUUGGAUCCCUAAAUUUAAAACAAGUACAUUGGGUAACAAAAUUAACUUGACAAAUUGCUGUUGUAUAAGAGGAAGAAAUCACUUUCAUAUCGUAACACAAUCACCCAAUUUUUUGAUUACUUUCCUACAACAGCAUGCCGUGUUAAGAGUCAUUUUGAGACCAAUGAGCAAACCUUGCACAUCAUUUUAAAAUGUCAUCUUUUAAUGGGAGACAGUUACUAUCCUAUUCAAUAAAAUUUGAUUCUUAUUAUAAAAA